CUUAGGAACCAAAAACUCUUGGUGCAAAUCCAAGUAGUAGCUGUGUCCUUCCCUGCAUCUCUCAUAACGUCUAGCCUCCUCAUUAUCUUUUCCCUUUUAACACUGCCUCUAAUCACUAGCUUACUCUCUGCCCCAGUAAAACCAAUUUGAGCAGUAACACACGUCAAACCCGCCGUCAAGACAGCAUUCUUUGUAAGUCUCCUCCCCUUAUUCCUUUUUCUUAACCACGGCAUAGAAGAAGUUAUCUCCACCUGAACUUUAAUAGACACCCUAACAUUUGACGUAACUAUUAGCCUUAAAUUCGAUCACUACUCACUUAUCUUCACACCCGUGGCUUUGUACGUAACCUGGUCGAUUCUAGAAUUUGCAACCUGGUACAUGAGCGAUGACCCCGACAUGGGCCGAUUCUUUAAGUACCUCUUGAUUUUCCUCAUCGCAAUAAUUGUGCUAGUUACAGCUAAUAACCUCUUUCAACUUUUCAUCGGCUGGGAAGGCGUCGGCAUCAUAUCUUUCCUCCUUAUCGGCUGGUGGUCCGGCCGAGCCGACGCCAACACAGCCGCCCUCCAAGCAGUUGUUUAUAACCGAGUGGGGGACAUCGGACUAAUUUUUGCCAUGGCCUGAAUAGCCACAAGCUGCAACUCCUGGGACAUGGAGCAGAUUUUUAUCACAAUCCAACAUUUCAACGUAACUCCCCCUGCUUUAGGAUUAAUUAUUGCCGCUGCUGGAAAGUCCGCCCAAUUCGGCCUCCAUCCGUGACUCCCCUCUGCUAUAGAGGGCCCAACACCAGUAUCCGCCCUCCUUCACUCCAGCACCAUAGUAGUUGCCGGUAUUUUCCUCCUUAUCCGCAUGAGCCCCCUACUCGAAAAAAGCCCAAUCGCUCUAACCCUCUGCCUAUGUCUGGGAGCAUUAACAGCUAUGUUUGCAGCCUGCUGCGCUCUAACCCAUAACGACCUCAAAAAGAUUAUUGCAUUCUCUACAUCCAGCCAACUCGGCCUUAUGAUAGUCACUAUCGGCCUCAACCAACCACAACUCGCCUUCCUUCACAUCUGCAUGCAUGCAUUUUUUAAAGCCAUACUUUUCCUCUGCUCCGGAUCAAUUAUCCACAGUCUACAAGGUGAACAAGACAUCCGAAAGAUGGGCGCCAUUCAACACCAGACCCCCUGAACUUCUUCCUGCUUUACUAUCGGCACUCUUGCCCUCACCGGCAUGCCUUUCCUCGCUGGCUUCUUCUCUAAAGACGCUAUUAUUGAAGCAAUAAACACUUCCUACCUAAACACUGGGGCCCUACUACUUACCCUUAUUGCCACGGCUUUCACAGCCGUCUACAGCAUCCGCCUAAUCUACUUCGUGCACCGAGGCAGCCCCCGGUGUAUAGCUAUCGCCCCUAUCGGCGAGGUAGACCCCGAAGUUAUUAACCCCCUUAAACGGCUUGCAUGAGGAAGUAUCCUCGCAGGCCUAUGCAUUACCUUAAAUGUCAUUCCCCUCAAAACCCCCGUAAUGUCUAUGCCUCCUCUCCUCAAACUGACCGCCCUCGCCCUUUCAAUUUUAGGCCUCCUUAUUGCACUCUGAGUUAUCGCCCCCUCAGCCACACCCGCCCAAACUACCCUUUUUCCCACCCCCCACCACUUCACUAGCUUACUCGGGUAUUACCCCGCCAUCGUUCACCGAGCUACCCCCAAACUGUCAUUGUUAUGAGGUCAAACGGCCGCCAACCAAACAAUUGACCAAUGCUGACUAGAAGCAGUCGGACCCAAAGCCACUACAACCCUUAACAAACCCCUAAUUACUGCCACAAGCAACACCCCGGAGGGCUACACAAAUUUAGCUUUCCUCCUCCUCCUCUUAGACGUCGCCUUAGUGUGCGCAAUAUUUAUCGCUUAG